AUGCCGCGCAACCGUCCGGCCACCUCUGGCUACGCCCGCCUAGCCCAAGAGGAAGAACAGCGAGGCUUCCUACAGGAUGACUCCGACGACGACGACCUCGGCGCCGUCGCCUCCACCGUGUCCGCCCCUCGCUAUGAGCCCAUCUCCUCCCGAGCCCAGAUGCAGGCGUCCGGUCUCGCCACGCCUCCCGGUCAUCAACGCCGACAUAGCGGAUACCACCGGCGACGAGGGCGCCAAAACUCGGGCGUCGACAUCAAAGCCAUCAAUGCACGCCUAGAACGCUGGGCCGAAGAGAUCGCCUCAAAGUUCAAGAUCCACCGGGUCAAGGGGAAAACGUACGAGGAAGAGAAGCUGGAAAUCUACCACUCGGUAUUCCAGCCACCAGUGGGCGUGAGACCGUGGACUGCCGAGCAGCUCGAGUCCGACGAGUUCGAAGGCGAGCAGCGACGCGCUCGAGCUGAAUUCGAGGAGAUUAUCGAGAGCGUGCGCCUCGCCAUUGAGCUGGACGUGCAUCCGCGAAUGAUUUCACAGGGCAGCUCGGGCAGUUACUUUGCUCGGAACAGCGAGGGUAAAGUAGUCGGCGUGUUCAAGCCCAAGGACGAGGAGCCGUACGCCUCGCGAAACCCCAAAUGGACCAAGUGGAUCCAUCGGAACUUGUUCCCCUGCUUCUUCGGUCGUGCGUGUCUCAUCCCCAACCUUUCUUACGUGUCCGAAGCUGCCGCCUACGUUCUGGAUGCUCGCCUCCGCACGAAUCUUGUCCCUUAUACCGAUAUUGUCCGGCUCUCCUCGAAAUCGUUCUUCUAUGAUUUCUGGGACCGAAGAAAAGCGUGGAAGGGCAAAAAGACCCUGCCUCCCAAGGCAGGCAGCUUUCAAGUCUUCCUCAAGGGAUACCGGGAUGCCAAUAUCUUCCUCCGCGAGCACCCCUGGCCGGAUCAGGCUAACACCGGGUUCCGCACUGAGGAUGCGCCGAAACGCAAGAAGCGGCCAUGGAACGAGGCGUGCCGCCCUUCAGGAAUGCAGUCCGACGACGAAGAUGACGAGGAGAACGGCUAUGUUCCUACACCAUCUUCGCGUGACGAAAGUGCCGAACGACGGUUUCACUGGACCGAAAAUCUUAAACAGUCAUUCCGCGAGGAGUUGGAGAAGCUUGUGAUUUUAGACUAUAUCAUGCGGAAUACGGACCGUGGCCUGGAUAACUGGAUGAUCAAGAUCGAUAUGGGCGCGGAACAAGUGUCUAUCGUGGCGGAUCCCCCCAAGAACAACGAACCCCAGCCGAAACACGACGAGGAUGAACUCUUGCCCCCUGCGCGGCCAGUCUCUGUGAAUUCAAACGGCUCCUCGCAACCUUAUAAACGACACGAGAUGCUGGCUGUGAGCCGCGAGGGAACUCCCUUGAAUUCACGCGAUCAACAAGCGUCGCUCCAAAUUGGUGCCAUUGAUAACAGUCUUUCGUGGCCAUGGAAGCACCCUGAUGCUUGGCGCAGCUUUCCCUUUGGUUGGCUUUUCUUGCCAGUCUCCCUAAUCGGUCAACCUUUCUCAGAAAAAACUCGCAACCAUUUCCUCCCACUCCUGACUUCGACUGCUUGGUGGAGCGGCACACAGAUGGCUUUGCGGCAAGUGUUCGCUCAAGAUGAAGAUUUCAAGGAGAGCAUGUUUGCCCGACAGAUCGCCGUCAUGAAGGGCCAGGCCUGGAACGUUGUGGAGACGCUGAAGCAUUCGGAUCAUGGUCCCCUUGAAUUGACUCGACGAACCCGAGUCUGCGUGUGGGAUGACCUGGUGGAUGUCCCCGUCGCCAUCCCCAUGCAGGCUACUCCCUCAGAAUUGCAACGGCGCCAGAUCGCGAAUGAAGAGGAAGAGGAGGAGAUGGACAUCGGCGCCGUCAUUUCUUCACGACCAGCCUCAGAGCGUGAUCUUUUGGGCAUGUCGCCCCCGAAUGAGCUCCCCAAUCCCAACCGGUUUGAACUGUCGCGUGGUCGCUCCGAUACUACCAGCGACCGCGGCAGGACAUCGAUCGGCAGCCCUGCAACGGCGGUCGAGUACGACUUUGAUGGCGACCGACCAAACCUCGAUGACAGUCACGGCCGGUCUCUGGACCAUGGCUGGGCCACGCUGCCGCCGCGGCCCCACCAGAAACAAAGCCGCAGAUACGGCUCUCUCUCCUUUCGCGGGCCCCAGGUCAACGCUUUCGGCAGCGAUGACCUGGAAGGCGACCUGGGCUAUGCCGCCGCCGAGGGCAUGGAGGGCAACCAGCGCAAAGUCAUCGUGGAGCGGCUGGAGGCCGUCAAGAGCAAAAACCCCGUGUUUACGUGGUGCUGA